GUUUGGUGGAUUUGAGACUCACCGUAAUCGUAGCCAUCGGUGGGUGUCGGGGGAAAGAUAGAAGCACCUGAAAACGAUAGCGUCUCAUCCCUUCAACAACGAUGGCUACGUUGGCUACAAUCCUCACCUUCCGUCUCAGUGAUUUGACUCGUUGUCCAACUUCGACGCUGGCUCAGUCAAGGUCUCGGUCAAUGACUCGCCACCAAUAUUCAGCGGUCAAUCAUACGGCUCUGGAGAAGAAGUGUUCGUAUCACAGCUACUCCUUGAGACCCCGUCGUCGCUGCCACCAAUUGGUGGUUGCGGUGGUGGAUUCUCGAAACUCUCAGCUGAGAAGAACAGAAACGAUCUCGAUCAUAGUGUUUUGGUAACCAAAAAACACUGAGAAGCCCAAAAAAGAAAAACUUUUCCUGCAUUUGAGUAAUUGCUGUUGACCAAAAAUGCAAGUAAAGACGUCAACAAUUUGGGACUUUUGACAUGGGUAUCACCUGUGUUCUUCGAGCAAUUUCUCUGCAUUUUUAAUAAAUGCAGGAUAAAAUA